AUGUCUUCGGGCUCGAUUGCUUUGCAAUACCUGCCGUCUGAGUGGCGCCCAUCGGUGAGCAAGUGGCCAAGGAAAGCGCAACAGGCACUCUACUUCAUCUACCUUGAGUGCCCAAGCAACGCCCAGGACUUGGUGGAUUUGGUGGAGAAGAAGAAGCCUACUGACAUCCUCAAGUACGUUCUGUCGAUUACGAGGCAAAAGGUGAAGGAGAGCUUCGAGGAGCACGACAAGACCAAGCAGAAGAUGAGCGGCCUGCACACGGAGGUGCAGGAGGAAGUGGCUUGGCAUCAGAAUGGCAAGCAGGUCAUCCGCCACAGCGAGUUCAAGUCGGUGGUCCUGGACAUUUUGUCCCGGCCAGGGAACAUCGUCCGGCUGACUUGCAGUUGGGGCUGGCACCGGACACUUGGGACGGCCAGUGUCAUCAUCCGGAUCUUGCAGAUGGCAGGGUGCGAAGUGGUGCUCUACAGCGCAAAGCUGAGCAUGAAUCCGCAGCUGGAUUCCUGUAACACCAUUGCGAACCUGCGAACCCUGACUCAGAACCUUUUCGACGACUUGACAGGUGUGGCCUGGACCGAGGAUGACUUCGAGCAUAGCCUGGACAGGGCCAGAAACCUGUGGAGGGAAGUUUGGCCAGAGGCUAGCAUCAAAUUUCUGCGUGGCAAAUCCAUACCGCCUGCUCCACCAGGUCCACCUCCACCCAAACCAAUUGGGCCCAUUGCCACAGCACCAAUUGGGUCAUUUCGGUCAAUUGCGUCAUCUUCUGCCAGUGGCAGCAAAGCCCCGGCUGCCAAGGCCAUGCCUUCAAAACCUGACAGGCCAGCUCCCAAGCCACCAGGGAGGGAGGCAAAGAAGGAGGAGGUGAAGGAGGAGCAGCCACAGGAGGAGCUGAAGGAGGAGCAGCCCAACGUCAAGAAAGAGGAGGUCACUCCGCCCCCAGGUCUUGGGCUUGUGGAUGAGCUCCAAGCCAUGACCCCAGCGCAGAAGAAGGUGAAGCUCAGCCAGCCCUAUGUGCGGGAGAUGAUCCAGAAGCAGAUUACCUUCUUGCAGAGCUUGCUUGACAGUGAUAUUGAAGGUGGUGAUGGAUGGGAGGAGGUGUUGACUGAGGUCCUGACCGACUACAAUAUCGACCAGGGUGUGCGGACCAUGCUCUCCAAUGCCAAGAUCUCCCGGAGCCACAAGAUCAAGCUUAUGAUCAACAUGUUGUUUCGCUGGGGGGACAAGUUCGAGUCAAAUGACUGGUUGCGCAACGCAAUUCGCAACUUGGCUUGA